AUGAACCCACAAAACUUUGAUGAUAAACCCGUUAUUACGAAAUCAAAAAGAGGAAGAAAAGCUCUUUCUGUAAGCGAAGGGCAUAUAGACACAACUGGAAGAACUCAUAUCAUGACAGUUAGAAGGUCCAAUCACCCGACACCGAAAAAGAAGGCUCCUAAGGCUCCAAAAUCUAUAAAUCAAAACAAUAAUUAUUGCAGACGAUGCGAGCAAAAUGAUGAAUAUAUCGACGCACUAAAUGAUCGAAUUGGCAAGUUAGAAACUUUGGUAAAUAAAUCGCAAAAAAUUGAUAAACCUUUAUCCAAUAUUGGAGCAGAGAAUUUAGAUAAUUCAUUUAAUCCAAUUAAUAACGAGCUAUUUGAAAGAUUACAAACUCAAUUGGAAACCACGUUAACUCCGAAUAUCGACAAUUUUAAUGAUCGAAUUGGAAAAUUAGAAAGUUUCCGAAAUACAACAAUUCCUUACAUUGGAACGGAAGAUCCUUUCAAGAUGCAAAGUCAAAUACAACAAACUAUAUUCGUGCCAGUUUUCGAGACUCCUCGAUCGUUAUUUUAUACUGGGACGGAAGAUCGUUUUAAGUUGCAAAGUCCAAUACAAUUGCAGAAUAUUUUAUCACCACCUAUCGGCGUUAUUAAUGAUCAGAUUGGAAAUUUAGAAAAUUCAUUAAAUUAUAUUAGAACAGAAAACCCUUUUGAGAUGCAAAGUCAAAUACAAAAUCUGAUGGAACCUCCGGCAACAAUAUCAACGCCAUAUUUCGGUAUAACUAAUGAACCAAUCGGACAUUUAGAAAGUUUACUUAAUAAACCGAAACUUCCUCAACCCCAUAUUGGAACAGAAAAACCUUUUGAGAUGCAGAAUCAAUUACAUUCCCAAAUGGCAUCUCCGUCAACUACAUUAACUCCCUCGUAUGAACCAGUAGAUUUUGCAAAUUGGAAUCCAUUUUACCAAUAA